AUGAAAGAAGCACUGAAAAUGUUAUACGAUGUCGUGAUAAGACCUGUAGAAGACCUGCUCUCCGGAGAUGAAAUAAUAAUUGUCCCGGAUGGCCCGCUUUGUAAAGCGCCUUUUACAGCAUUCAUCGACUCACAUGAUAGAUACCUUUGUGAAUCUUACAGAAUACGAUUAGUUCCUUCACUAAAGAGUUUUAAAUUGAUUGCGGGUUCUCCAAAGUUCCAUAGCAAAGGAAGCGUACUUCUCGUUGGUAAUCCGAACCUUGCGGAGAUUGUUACCGAACAGCCUUGUCACUGGGAUCUCCCAGGAGCUGAGAAUGAAGUCAAGAAUAUAGGCAGAAUUCUUAAAAGUAAGCCCCUUAUUGGAAAAGAUGCGACGAAAGAGGAAGUGUUGCAGCGCCUUAAGGGUGCCUCUUUAGUACACAUUGCUGCGCAGGGUGGUGACGAAAAUGGGGAAAUUUUGUUGACGCCAAAUCCAAUAAGAGAAUCGGAAGAACCAAGAGUGGAGGACUACAUGUUAACAAUGGCUGAUUUGACUGCUCUUCAGUUACAAGCAAGAAUGGUAGUGUUAAGUUGCUGCCAUAGUGCACAAGGAAAGAUAAAGGCAGAAGGUGCCGUUGGCAUCGCACGGGGCUUUUUGGCAGCAGGCGCACGUUGUGUUUUAGUAGCAUUAUGGGAGAUUGAUGACCAGGUCACUCUGGAGUUGAUGAAAUAUUUUUAUGAACGAUUAGUUGCUGGAAAUAAAGCGAGCAAAGCACUCAAUCAUGCCGUAAAACAUGUAAGGGAGCAUCAAGAUUAUGUGAAGGAUUGGGCUGCCUUUCAUCUGAUAGGAGAAGACGUCAAGUUGGAUUUCUUGGCAGAAGAAUCAAGAUUAUCGAUUCAAAACGUAAGCUAUGAGUUGAAUUGUUGAAACACUUAUUUGCGAAUAUACCUAAGAAACGGCGGCGUAACAAUUCAUCAAAGUCUGCAAAAUAUACACUCCGUCUUGGGUGCAAGAAUACUCUUGCAAAUCGUAAGUUUCCUGAAAGUACAUGAAUGCUUUGAACAUUGCUACUUCGAAAUUAACUUUCAACCACGUUUAGCAAAGGAACCUAGGUAACUUUCACUUAUAAAUAAGAAACAAAUUGCAUGAAAAUUGCUUCACGUAAAUCGUGGUGGCAAACCACCAAUUGCCUUGACCAAUAAAGAGCUAGUCGAGCAUGCAAUUACUUUCUUAUCCAAUGGUGACACAGGUAGCAUUGAUGAAUGAUACAUUUAAUUGGAUUUCCACAAACACAGUUGUAUUACGACUUGAUGGCGACAAAAUAUACAUCUGGCUGCUUCUUCCCGCGAAAUUAGGACGAAAGGUUCAGUUUGUCAAGAGGACAAUAGAUAGUGCUCAAGAUGUUGAAGCCUUUUGGAAAGCAAUUAGUGGAACAAGAUCGCUUGCUAUAUCAUCAAGUAAUGAUGAAAAGGAAAUCUUGGAUGUUUCAUAA